AUGGCUGCGCUUCUCCUAACGUGUGCUCUAGCCGUUGUCGUUCAGGUUUUCCGCUUCGACCCUGCCUACGUCGACUAUAAUCUCAACCAGAACAAGGAUGCUGUAGAUCCCCUUGACUACUCGGCCGAACGACCAGGCCAUACAUACUUCCCGUCACCCAGCGACUGGCGAUUUCCUUUCUACACCCUCUUCCUUGACCGGCUCGCCAACGGCGACCCAACCAACGACGACAUCAAUGGCACCGUCUACGAGCAGGAUAUUACGAGCAACCAGUUGCGGCAUGGCGGCGACCUGCGGGGUCUUGUUGACAGUCUGGACUACAUUCAGGGCAUGGGCAUGAAGGGCAUCUACAUCGCUGGGUCACCAUUCAUCAAUCUUCCAUGGGGUGUCGACUCCUACUCGCCCGUCGAUCUGACUCUUCUCGACCUCCACUAUGGAACAAUACGGGAAUGGCAGGACAUGGUUGACGCGGUCCACAAGAGGGGGAUGUACGUGAUGAUUGAUCAUACCAUGUCAACCAUGAGCGAUCUCCUUGCGUUCAAGGGCUUCGAAAAUAUCACAGCCACCUUCCAGGUCGAGGAACACAACGUGAACUACAAAGGCUCUCGGCAGUAUCUCGACUUCCAGCCGUCCAAUGUAUACCUGGAGAAGUGUGAUUAUCCGAGAUUCUGGGACGUCACUGGCAAGCCUGUGGGGCGGGAUGUCACCGAUCUUUUCAAGGGCUGCUAUAACAGUGACUUUGACCAGUAUGGCGACAUCGAGGCUUUUGGCGUUUUCCCAGACUGGCAGCGUUCCCUGGCCAAGUUCGCCAGUGUGCAAGACCGCCUCAGAGAAUGGAAGCCAUCUGUGCGGAACAGGAUUGCUCUCUUUUCAUGUCUCAGCAUCAUCAUGCUCGACGUUGACGGGUUUCGCUUCGACAAAGCCACACAGAUUACCGUGGACGCACUGGCAGACCACAACGAAGCUGUUCGCGCAUGCGCCAAGCGGCUUGGUAAGGAUAACUUCUUCCUGCCAGGCGAGAUUAGCGGCGGCAAUGCCUACGGUUCCGUCUAUCUCGGCAGAGGCCGGCAGCCAGACAUGCUGCCAGAGUCACCGGCCCACGGGAUGAACUUGACGACCAAGAUACUCAGUGAUGUGAAGAACUUGACGAUCCGAGACGGGGGUAAAAAUGCGCUCGACUCGGGGGCUUUCCACUAUUCCACCUACCGCUACCUUACUCGGUUCGUGGGUCUCAGCGGAAAUCUCGAGGCGGGCUUCGAUGCCCCUAGCAACUGGGUCAACAUGUGGAACCAUUUUGCCUUGACCAACGACUUUGUCAAUCCGAACACCGGUCUCUUUGACCCGCGCCACAUGUACGGAACCAUGAACCAGGAUGUCUUUCGGUGGUCAGGCAUCACCCAGGGAACCGAACGAAUGAUCCUCGGCUUCUUCAUCACGACGUUGCACCUGCCUGGCAUUCCGCUAGUGUUCUACGGUGAGGAGCAGGAGUUUUACGUCCUCGACAGCACGGCCGACAACUACAUAUUCGGACGGCAAGCCUUCACGCCCUCGCAGGCAUGGAUGAUGCAUGGCUGCUACGCGGGAAACAGUACGCAGUACAUCAAUUGGCCAGUUGACAGCGCGAGGCGCGGAUGCGAAGACCCGAAGAACGCCCUUGACCAUCGCGACCCAUCGCAUCCUGUUCGCAACAUCAUGAAGUCCAUGUAUGCCAUGCGAGAUAACUACGGUACCUUCCGUGAUGCUUGGCUGCUACAAACCCUUGGCAACCAAACCGAGUUCGUGCUCCUCGAAGGAAGCAACGAGACCUACACCGAGUUUGGAAUAUGGUCUGUUGUUCGCGCCUACCAGCCGACAGUUCAGGGGCAGUUCGCAUCCGACCCGAUUUGGCUCGUGUACCACAACCGAAACGAAACCACCGACUACACAUUCGACUGCAGGGAGGAGAUGACGGCCUUCUAUGCCCCGUUCGACCAACGAGCCACGGUCAAGAACCUGUUCUAUCCCCACGACGAGAUCACGCUGGGAGACUCGAACAAACACUUUGGUUUUGCACGCUCCGAAGAAAACACUGGCUGCCUCUCCAAGAUUACCAUGAAGCCGUUUGAAUUCCGGGCUUACGUGGAAACAAAGAACUUUGUCGGGCCCCCGCCCAUGAUCACCAAGUUUACCCCCGGUCACGACGCUGCGCUCAACGCCGACGAGAUCAAGGGCUCGGUCGACAUCUCUCUCGAGUUCUCCGCGGAGAUGGGAUGCGGCAGCGUUCAGGACGCGAUCAAAAUCACAUCCACCGUCGAGUCCGGCGGGGAAGUGAAGCUGACGCAGCCAAAGUGCGCUAGGAUGACUGAGACGCAGCCAACCAAAUACGUUGGUUCCAUCCCCUCGAGAUGGCGUUUCACCGCCACACUGACUAACGUCAACGAUGGCAUCCAUGAGAUCAUCGUCGACAAGCCUCUUGCGGUGGCUGGCGACUCAACGAGCGCUGUCGACCAUUUCUUCCUCCGGGUUGGAAAGCCGAAUAACCCAGUUGUGUUCCCAGGCUCGGCCAAUUAUUCCACCACCCUGGUGACGAAGGAGGGCAACGAUCUUUUCGUCAACCACGCCGCUGCCGGUGCGGAUAAGUGGCGCUAUUCCACCAAUUGGGCGUCCUCGUGGAGCCCGUGGGUUGACUACAAGGGAGGCAAGGACAAGAUCUCGAACCUACCUUGGUCUGGCACUCCGCUCCAGGGGUGGGAGGGGGACCACGUCAAGGUUCAGUACUGGUCGAAGAAGCUGGGAAGCAGCUCUUUCAGGCAAGAGGGCGACGACAAACCCCAGAAGGAACGCCGAUUCCCUCAUGUCUUUGCUCACGGCCAGUUCAACAAGUUUGGGUUCGACUCUGGGCUCAAGAAUCAGCUCGCCUUGACCGGCGACGGAAAGUGGGAGCUCCACCUGAUGGCCGAGUGGCCCACCAUGUUCCAGCUCAACAUAUGGGGCAUGAAUCCCGACCAAAAGCCGGACGCCGGCUUUGUGUAUGGCGAUGUCGAGGGCGAUGGCAUUGUUGACCGAAUGCCGCCCUCCUCGCUUGUGCUCAAUGUUCUCAAUGCCACCCACCCUCCCCCGAUGCCGGCUCUCUCGUACAAGCUGUUCUUUGACGAUAAGACGAUGCGAUUCACAAAGGAGCCGCAAGGAAACAUGUGGAUCCAGAUCAUCAUGUUCAUCCUAAUGGCGACUCUCCCUAUUGUUGGCGGGCUCACGGCUGUUUGGAUUUUCAUGGGCUCCUUCUACAAAGUCAAGGUCAAUAAGAUUGGCUUCAAGAAGCGCGGCCGGUCGCCGUUUGGCAAUCUGGCCAACGGUCUGAGCACCGUCUCCUUCGAGAACUUCCGCCACAAGAACGAAGCCGGGAUGGAGCUUGCUGGUGUUCCUGGCAAGCGCAGAAAGGUGAUCAUCGCAACCAUGGAGUACAACAUUGACGACUGGAACAUCAAGAUUAAAAUCGGUGGUCUCGGCGUCAUGGCGCAACUCAUGGGCAAAGCUCUUGAGCACCAGGACCUGAUCUGGGUGGUUCCCUGCGUCGGUGGCAUCGACUACCCCAUUGACCAGCGUGCGGAGCCCAUGUAUGUCCCCAUCAUGGGCAAGGAGUACGAGAUCGAGGUGCAGUACCACCAGGUUCAGAAUAUUACCUACGUGCUGCUGGACGCACCCAUCUUCCGCCAGCAGUCCAAGGCCGAUCCGUAUCCGCCGCGAAUGGACGACAUCGAUUCCGCCAUCUACUACUCGGCCUGGAACUACUGCAUCGCCGAGACCAUUAGGCGGUUCGACCCGGAUCUGUACCACAUUAACGACUACCACGGCGCAGCGGCUCCUCUCUACCUGCUCCCAGAUCGGACGAUCCCCUGUGCCCUGUCGCUCCACAACGCCGAGUUCCAGGGCAUGUGGCCGAUGCGGAACCCGGAAGAGUCGAAGGAGGUCUGCGAGGUGUUCAAUCUGGAUUCCGAGAUUGUGAAGGAGUACGUCCAGUUCUGCACCGUCUUCAACCUUCUCCAUGCCGGAGCCAGCUAUCUGCGCGUCCACCAGAAGGGCUUUGGUGCGGUUGGAGUUUCGAAGAAGUACGGUGAUCGCUCGUACGCUCGGUACCCCAUCUUCUGGGGUCUGUCCAAGAUCGGCCAACUGCCGAACCCCGAUCCUAGCGACACCGCCGAGUGGUCGAGAGACGAGGAGGUUCAGGAGAAGGACGUGGUUAUUGAUCUCGAGGCAGAGUCCAAGCGCGGCGACUUCAGAAAGCAGGCUCAGGAAUGGGCAGGCCUGGAGAUCAACCCUAAUGCCGAACUCUUCGUCUUUGUUGGGCGAUGGUCGCUGCAGAAGGGCGUUGAUCUGAUCGCCGACAUCGUCCCGCCCAUUCUCGAGAAGUAUCCCAACACGCAACUGAUCGCCAUUGGCCCCGUGAUCGACCUCUACGGCAAGUUCGCCGCUCUCAAGUUAGCCAAGCUCAUGGAGCGCUAUCCGAAGCGCGUGUACAGCAAGCCCGAGUUCACCUCUCUCCCGCCCUACAUUUUCACGGGUGCCGAGUUCGCCCUCAUCCCCUCUCGCGAUGAACCGUUCGGUCUUGUCGCUGUCGAGUUCGGUCGAAAGGGAGCUCUCGGCGUGGGGGCUCGCGUCGGCGGUCUUGGUCAGAUGCCCGGUUUCUGGUACACUGUCGAAUCGACCGCGCCGCAGCAUCUUUUGCACCAGUUCCGUGAAGCCAUAGUUGGUGCAUUGGAGUGCAAGCCGAAGACGCGGCAGAAGAUGCGAGCAUGGAGCGCAAAGCAGAGAUUUCCUGUCGCCCAGUGGGUCGAGGACCUUGACAUACUGCAAGGCGAAGCGAUCCGUCUUCACAACAAGGAGGCCAAGAAGCGCAAGAGGGUCUCAGCCGGCUCGAUGCUCACGGUGCCUUCGGGAGCUAAUCUUGGUGGGGGUAACAGCAGCCGCAACUUCUUUGACGAUUCCGACGUGGAGACGCCCCGUCAGUCCAUGUCGCGCUCGCGGGCGUCGAGUCUCGCCGUUCCCUUCAUCACAGAGACCGACCACGAUGAGGACGACAGCAGACGCCGUUCUUCGUCGAACCCCUUCUACGAUCAGCCGGGCUCGGGGACACCGCCUCUGCCGACAAUGUCAGGCACUCCGCCGGCUCCUCAACAAUUCGCUCCGCCCAAUCCCAUGUUUGCCAACCAAUCCGCCAUGUCGUCUGUGAGCCGUCUCAUGACCAUCGCGGCCAACGACCCGAACCAAUCUCGCCUGAGCGUCGACACGCUUGCCAUGCGGAUGAUGUCGCCCGAUGGGUUCGACGCGCAGCCGCACGCCUUUGGCAUCUACAACAACCCCCGGGCUCGUCCCGGUGGGCUUGAGAUGUACCAAAACCGCAACCGCAACAGCUCGGGCCUGUCGGUUGUCGAUGUGGUCGGCGAUCGCCACGACUUCAAGCUCCAAAACGUUGACCCGUUCUUCACCGACAACACCGGCGAUUACUACAAGGCCUUUGAGGACAAGCUGGCAGACCUCAACUCCAAGAACUCGGAGACGGAUCUGUGCAUUGACGACUACCUCAAAGCGAGCGAGAAGCAGUGGGCCAAGGACUUCCGCGAAGCCAAGCUGGGGCGCGAGAGAAGCCCCAGCCGUAAUAGGGAUUCGGCGCUGCUGAUCAAGAGGAACAGACAAUCCAUGGCACCCAGCAUGAUCAGCGUCGAUACCAUCGCGCCGUCCGAGGAUGAAGACUACCACGACGAGAACCAGCCCGGAUCGGGCGGCCGCGAUGACGAGUUUCUCCUCGGCGAGGGAUACAAGCCUCCCACGGGUCUCAAGAAGAUCCUCUCCAUCCGUAUUGGCGAUUGGCCUGUCUACUCCUUCAUCCUUGCGCUCGGCCAGAUCAUCUCGGCCAACUCGUAUCAGAUCGUCCUGUUGGCGGGAGAGGCGGAGCAGACGGCCAGCCAGCUCUACACCAUUGCUGGCACCUAUGCAGUCACCUCCAUCCUGUGGUGGUUCAUGUUCCGUCGGUUCACCGCGCUGUACGCCCUCUCGCUGCCCUGGUUCUUCUACAGCCUCGCGUUCAUGAUGCUGGGCGUGACCCCUUUCCUGCCCGAGCAUGCCCGGGGCCCCGUCCAGAACACGGCAUCAGCAAUGUACGCGGCCGCUGCCUCGAGCGGCGCCCUGUUCUUUGCCCUCAACUUUGGAGAUGAAGGUGGCGCACCAAUCAUGAUCUGGAUCUUCCGCGCCGCCGUCAUCCAGGGCAUCCAGCUGCUUUACAACGUCGGUCUGUGGUUCUGGGGCAGCCUCAUCACCCAGCAGAACGGCGUCGGCCUCAUCAACGGCGCGUGGGUCGCCGGCAAGGUCCCGACCGUGCUCGUCAUCACCCUCCCCAUUGCCGUCGUCCUCUGGGCCAUCGGUGUCAUCUCCUUUCUUGGCCUGCCCGACUACUACCGCCAGUCCCCCGACACGAUCCCCAGCUUCUACAUGUCGCUCGUGCGCCGCCACAUCGUGCCCUGGUUCUUCUUCUACGUCGUCGUCCAGAACUUCUGGCUCACGACCAACUACGGCCGCAGCUGGGAGUUUCUCCUCUUGUCCCGCGCCCUCCCCUCGUACGCCGCCGUCCUCCUCUCACUCGGCUUUUUCACCCUUCUCUGGGCCGCGGCGCUCUACGCCUUCACCGUCUUCUCCCGCACCCACCCCUGGAUCGUCCCCCUCUUCGCCAUCGGCCUUGGCGCCCCCCGGUGGGCCCAGAUGUUGUGGGGUGUCUCGGGCAUCGGCCUCUACCUGCCCUGGACCGGCUCCGCCGUCGCGUCCGCCCUUAUCUCGCGCUGCCUGUGGUUCUGGCUCGGCAUGCUCGACAACAUCCAGGGCGUCGGCAUCGGCAUGGUCCUGCUCCUGACCCUCACGCGCCAGCACGUCGCCGCCACGCUGCUGGCCGCGCAGGUGCUCGGCGCGAGCUUCACCAUCCUCGCGCGCGGGACGGCGCCGCACAAGACGGGCCCGGACGGCGUGUUCCCCGACUUCUCCGAGGGCGCGCUGCGGGGCAUAGCGCAGCCGUGGUUCUGGGUGUGCUUGGCCAUGCAGUUGGUGCUGCCGGUGGGCUUCUUCAAGUUCUUUAGGAAGGAGCAGGUGGCCAAACCUUGA